CAGUUCGGAAAACGAUCUAUUGGGCCACAUAAAUCAGGAAAAUAGCUUCACCAAAUAACUAUUUUGCCAUGAAUCAUUUGAAAAACCUUACUGAACGGGUAAUGUGCCCAUUUGACCCUGUGCACGUGGUAGAAAGACGGAGAUUUCAAGCCCAUCUCAUCAAAUGUAAACGAAAUCUUCCCAAAAACCACGACUUUGUACAAUGCCAAUAUUGGCAUUUACACUAUGUUCGGAGGAGUGAAAUGAAUGACCAUCUUGAGUCCUGUGAGCAUAAGCUAGAAAAGGAGGCGAAUAAGAAAAUGUGGGAUGCUGAAACUCAGCCAAAAUUCUUCCAACCAAAACUUGUGUUUAAUGAAGUACUUCCAGCUGCUGAAUUAGAGAGCUGGGAUGAUGUAACUCUAACAGCACCAAAUUUCUCCUCAGAUAUCAUGCGUGCCAAAGCUAAUUACAUGACUGUUCCGCAGGGAUUGUCCAAAUCAAAGCGCAAGGACUUCAGGGAUAGAGAACGUGAACGCUUGCGGGAGAAAGAAUUUGCAAACGAAGGAAAAACGGAUGACGUGAAAGGUGAAAAAAAGAAGGACCCAGUUGAACUCAAAGCACAGUCGCUGCCAAGGAAACCAAUAGAGAAUCCAGUACAGCGUCUUGGACGAAUCGCGGCAAAAUUCCCAGCACAGAAAGGCCCGGAAGAAACAUCUAAUGAAACUUUCUCUUCAAUCGCGUUCUCAAAUCGACGUGAUACCGUAAAUCCUCCUGUAAUUGGAAGAGGAAGAGGGCUUUUAGGUUGGAACCACGUAGCAGAACCAGAACGGGCAUACCGCUUUAGCUCAGAGGAUUUCCCUAAAUUGUAAAAAGCAGAAGCCCACCAUAAAUUUUUUUGUUUUUUUAAGCAGUUGGUUGUUGCAAUAACUCAGAUUUUUGGAAAUUUAAUAAAUAGAACUUUUGAUAGAA